GAAAAGUGGAACAAGUCAAACCAUUGGAUUUUGAAGGUUAAUCACAUCAGUAAAAUAAGGAUCUGAAUUAUGAAACCAAUGAAUUAAUUAUAAUGACACAGAUUUUGGUAUCAUCAUCAUCAUCAUCAGAAUUGUUCUGCAUAUGCAUGAGCAGCAAUGGACGCUACUCAGCGCAUGGUAUGUCAAGAAGAUUUCUUCAACCCUUUAACUUCAAUGGGUCUUCAAAUGGCCUCCAUUCUUGUCAUCUCUCACUUCUUUCACCUCCUUCUUAAGGCCUUAGGUCAACCUGGUCCCAUUGCUCAAAUCUUUGCUGGAUUGGUAUUGGGACCAUCAGGGCUUUCCCAUGUUGACAAAGUCAGAGAUUUCUUCUUUCAAGCUUCAGGAGCUGAGUACUACGAAAUAUUUGGUUUCUUUUGUAGAAUGCUUUUCAUGUUCUUAAUUGGUUUAGAAACCGAUAUAGCUUAUAUGAUUCGAAACAUUAAAACCUCAACCACAAUUUCUUAUUGUGGAAUCUUAAUAGGAGCUGUGUUUGGUCUCUCUGUUUCCUUCUUUCUCCACCAACAACUCAUGUUUAGUAGCAAAAAAAUGGUUGGUUUUGUCCUAAUUGUCAUCCUCCUAAUGACCUACACCGCCUCGCCAGUUGUCAUUCGCCUCGCUGGCGAUCUAAGAUUCGCCACCUCACCAACCGGACGCCUAGCCGUCUCUUGCUCUGUCAUCAACGAAAUUAGUUGCUUGAUUUUGUUCAAUUUGAUCAUUGUGGUGCAUAAGAGGAACUUUUUUAAAGGUGGGGUUUUGACCAUUUUUAUAACCGGGGUAGUUAUAUUGGUGAACAAGUAUGUUGCUAUUUUGUUUAACAAGAGGAAUAGGAACUUAAAGUACCUUACCAAUGCUGAGUUACUAUUUAUUUUAUCUGUUUUAAUUGGGAGUUCUAUGAUCAUAGAAAUGUUUACAAGUAAUAGUGUGAUAAGUUGUUUUCUUAUUGGGGUUAUGUUUCCUAAAGAAGGUAAAACAGCUAGGACUUUGGUUCAUAAGCUUACUUAUUCGGUACAUAACUUUAUACUUCCUAUUUAUUUUGGGUAUUUGGGGUUUCAAUUUGAUUGGAAUCGUUUGAGUAACUUGAGUAGCAUUAUUAUUGUGUUGAUUAUGGUGGUGUUGAGCAUUGGUGGGAAGAUUAGUGGUACUCUUUUGGCUUGCUCAUACUUGAAGAUUCCUCUAAAUGAAGGUGUUUUCAUUGGUUUUUGUCUCAACUUGAAAGGUCAUGCUGAUCUUUUGUUCAUUGGCCAAGCUACAAAUACACUAAUUGGAUGGAACCAAGAGGCCUACAAUUUACUUCUAAUGAGUAUAGUACUGAACACAGUGGUCUCAGGCCCAGUCUUGGCCCUUUUAAUGAGAAAAGAAGAGAAACUCUUCGCCCAAGCUUCACACACAACUCUCCAAUUCCAAAACCCAGGAGAAGACAUAAGGACCCUUGGAUGCGUCUACGGUCCACGCCACGUGUCAGCCAUCCUAGCCCUCACUUCAGCACUAACCGGGUCCCACCGAAUCCCUAUCACACCUUACAUUAUGCACCUCAUUGAACUCACCCAAAAACGACGCACCAACGUGUCGUAUCACGAGCUUCAAGAAGAUGAGCUCAGCGACGACGAAGACUACGGCGGAAACGACGUCGUCGAGAUCAACGACGCCGUCGACGCCUUCCACACCGACACCAAAGUCUUCGUUCGCCUCAUCAAAGCAGUCUCCUCCUUCGCUACCCUAUACGAAGACGUGUGCAGCGCUGCGGAGGACCUCCGCGCGUCGAUCAUACUCGCGCCGUUUCACAAGCACCAGAGGAUCGACGGGAAGAUGGAGAGUGGGAAGGAGGGGGUUAGGACCACGAACCAGAAGAUACUUCGUCACGCGCCGUGCUCCGUUGGGAUCAUUGUUGAGAGAGGGUUAGCCGGUGUGCCUGGGUUUUCGCAGCUUCUGGAUUCGACGACGGUUCAGCAAGUGGCGACGCUGUUCUUCGGUGGGCCCGAUGAUCGAGAGGCGAUCGCGUGGAGUAAGAGGAUCGCGUCGCAUCAGAAGAUUAAUCUGACGGUUAUUAGGUUUCUUUCGUUUGAAUCGUCUCGGUCGAGGAGUGAGAGAUUGGAUGAUCGUGAUGAUGUGGUGGUUUUCAUGUCGUUGGCGAGUUUGGAGACUGGGAAGGAUAUUGAUAAUGCGUUUCUCAGCGAUUUCUAUAACGACUUAGGUGUGUGACAUCUGGGCAAGUUGGAUACGUAGAAAAAUACGUGAGCAAUGGGGGAGAAACAGUGGCAGCUCUGAAAGACAUUGGAGAUAUGUAUUCACUGUUCAUUGUAGGGAAAGGUGGGAGAGGCCACUCACCAUUGACCACUGGCAUGAGCGAUUGGGAAGAGUGUCCUGAGCUUGGAACUGUGGGUGAUCUCUUGGCUUCCUCCGAGUAUAAUGUCAAUGGCUCUGUUUUGGUUGUUCAACAACAUAAAAGUUUCCAAGAAGGUUCUUAUGGAUAAUUCUAUAUAUAUAAUCAAUCUCCCACUAUCAUACUUUACUCUUUGUAAAUUCCAUCUUAAUAAUUUUGUAGAUUGUUUUAUUAAUUUGUUUGUCAUUUCUUUUGCUUUCUAUUAUACACUUGCAUGUACACAUUUGUAACUGAGUUUUGAAUACCAAAAUGUAUACAUAACAGAAAGUUUUUAUUAUUAUAUAUAACAGUGUGAUUAAAUCUUGAGAUGCAA